AUGCGCGUGACAGCGAAGCGCCUCAGUCCACAGGAUCAUGAGUUGGCCUAUUUCGUUGACGAGUUGCGCAAGGCUAUCGCGGAUGGCAACACGGACGAGGCCCAAAACGGCUUAGACAUCCUGCACAUGAAGCUCGACCUAGAGGAGAAAAACAUUGCUGCAGCCUUCCAGAAGUUUGACCAGAGCGGAGAUGGCAUUCUUGCCAAGAAUGAGGUGCAUUUCAUGCUGGACUACUUGGGUUUUCCCGACACACCAGAUGAUGUCGACAAGCUCAUGACCAUUGUGGACACGAACCGAGAUGGAACCAUCCAGUUUGACGAGUUCCUGCGCUAUGUUGGCAAGCUAGGUGGCACUGGGAAGCUAUUUGAGAUUCGCAGGCAGCAGAUCCAGGAGCGUGCGGACUUCAAAGGCUCUGUUCACGAUCCAGAUCGCCUCCGAAUCUCCCUGCAGGAGUGCGGGAUCAGUCCCGAAGAUCAGGCCCACUGGAGGCUUACAGCCAGUGAGUCCGAGUUGGAUAGCGCGGCGUCGUUGCGCCCUUGCCAACAGACGGCAAUUCGUCACAUCCGAGCCCUUGCCCAAGAAAACCAUGACCGUGCACUGCCCGAGCUGCAGCGGAGAGUGCAGAAGUUGGGAUACACGGACACCGACCUGUGGAUGGUGCUCUCCUGGAUUCGGGAGCUUGCGCCUUUGAUUGUGCACCUCAACCUGGAUAAGGUGGGCCACUUCUUCCUGAAGGACACCCAUUACCGAAACCAGUUCGAGACCAACACGUCAGGAGGGUUAUUGAAAACCUCAGCUCGCGAAAAGUGGGAACGAGGUCUUUUUGGUACGGCCUACGAUGGAGCCAAGCCUGUCGAGAGGCCCAAGUAUGGCGUGCAGAACAUCUGGAACGAUCCAAGAGGUGUCGUGGGAGCCCGCCAGUACGGUGACUCCUACAUUGUUUUGAAGGAUGUUCGCUUGCGCUGCACCCUUUCCCCGCAAGAUUCUGCAAACCUGCCGGCACGCAGGCUUGCGGUCCUGGACUACUAUGCGCAUGUGCUCUUGGAGUACAGCGACAAGGAGUUGAAAGAGACAAUUCGUGUGGCGGAGAAAGGUGAUGAAAAGGUUGGUGACUCCGAGAAGGUUGUGGAGAAGUGGGGCAUGUAUAAGGAAGCACAGCUUCACGGCGAGAUCGACCUGCGAAAGCAUGUGGAUCGCCUUGUGGCUAACGAGCGGCACAG